CACUGCUGCUCCACUUUGUGUUCUGCAAUGGAUGGAAGAAAUUGCAGGGGGGAUGGACUUGAUGGCCCUUGCGGUCUCUUCCAACUCUAUGAUUCUAUGAUUGUAUGAAAAACAAGGUAUUACUGGCAACAAACAGAAAAAUAAAAGCACAGAAGCCUCACCCUCAGGGGAAGGUGGCAAUCUUACUGAAAUCAAGAAUUAUUGUGCCAUGGAAGCCCCAGCCCAGAGCUGUACCAAUGGUUUGGAAGUACACCGCCCUGAGCCCUCCGGGGGAGGGCGGUAUAAAAAUGCAACAAUCAAUCAAUCAAUCAAGAAAGAAAGAAAGAAAGAAAGAAAGAAAGCUGAAGGGUGCACAGAAAGUGCAUCAUGGCUAACAUAAAGGGUCUGUUUGGUGUUCCAGAGUUAAGUAGUCCAGAAGGAUUUCAAGAAGCCCAAGAAAAAUCAUUGCAAGAAACAGAACAACUAGUAAAGAGAGCAUGUACUAUUUCUCCUGGGCCGGAGACAGUGAUGAUCUUUGACCAGCUGUCAGAUUCCUUAUGUAGAGUGGCUGAUCUAGCCGACUUUGUGAAAAUUGCUCAUCCCAAUCUUGCUUUCAGAGAGGCUGCUGAAGAUGCCUGCAGGAACAUUGGGACGAUGGUAGAAAAAUUAAAUACAGAUGUAGAUUUGUGUCAAAGUCUGAGAAAAUUGUUGGCUGAUAAAGAAGUCCUGGCUUCCCUUGAUCCGGAUACCAGACGAGUGGCAGAACUUUUCAUGUUUGAUUUUGAGAUCAGUGGCAUUCACCUGGAUGAAGAAAAGCGCAAGAAGGCAGUAAAUCUCAAUGUCCAAAUCCUGGAUUUAUGUAAUGACUUCCUCAUGGGAUCGCAUCUUCCAACUAGGAUUGAUAAAAGCGCCUUACCGGAACGUAUUCAUCAUAACUUUGCUGUUGAAGGGAACUAUGUUCAAAUCAGUGGCCUCAAUGCAGAUAGCCCAGAUGAUCUGGUCCGUGAAGUGGCAUACAAGGUUUUUAUGUUCCCAAAUGCUCAGCAGUUGCGCUGUUUAGAGGAACUGCUUACCAAAAGAAACCUUCUGGCCCAGUUAGUUGGAUAUGAAACCUUUGCUCACCGGGCUCUUCAGGGCACGAUGGCCAAAACUCCAGAAAAAGUAAUGCAAUUUCUUGUAAAGCUUUCAGAUAAAUUAUUCAAACGAACUCUAGACGAUUUUGAAAUGAUGACUAGUAUGAAAAUGAAACUAAAUCCUGUGAAAUCAAAACUGAUGCCUUGGGAUCACCCCUACUACAGUGGUAUUCUUCGUGCUGAGAGGUAUAAUAUUGAACCCAGCCUAUAUUGUCCUUUUUUCUCUCUUGGAGCAUGCAUGGAAGGCCUCAACAUUUUGUUCAACAAACUCUUAGGAAUCUCCCUGUAUGCUGAACAUCCUUUGAAGGGAGAAGUUUGGUGCGAAGAUGUCCGCAAACUGGCAGUUGUCCAUGAACAUGAAGGGUUGUUGGGAUAUAUCUACUGUGAUUUCUUCCAAAGAUCAGGCAAGCCUCAUCAGGAUUGCCAUUUUACAAUUCGUGGAGGCCGGCUAAAAGAAAAUGGCGAAUACCAACUUCCUGUUGUUGUCCUGAUGUUGAACUUGCCCCAUUCCACUCGGGGUUCACCAACUCUAUUAACCCCUGGCAUGAUGGAAAACCUUUUCCAUGAAAUGGGACAUGCCAUGCACUCUAUGCUGGGAAGGACUCGAUAUCAGCAUGUCACUGGGACAAGGUGUUCUACCGACUUUGCAGAAGUUCCCUCGAUCUUGAUGGAGUAUUUCGCAAAUGAUUAUCGAGUGGUGAACCAGUUUGCAAGACACUAUGAAACGGGUCAGCCUCUACCCAAACACAUGGUAUCAAGACUCUGUGAAUCAAAAAAAGUUUGUGCUGCCGCUGAUAUGCAACUUCAGGUCUUUUACGCUGUCUUGGACCAGAUAUACCAUGGGAAACCUCCCCUAGGAAAGUCAACCACAGAUAUUUUAAAGGAAACACAAGAGAAAUUUUAUGGAUUGCCAUACGUUCCUAAUACUGCUUGGCAGCUGAGAUUCAGCCAUCUUGUGGGUUAUGGUGCCAAGUAUUAUUCCUAUCUCAUGUCUAGGGCUGUGGCAUCCAUGGUAUGGAAACAGUGUUUUGCGCAGGAUCCAUUCAACAGGGCAAUGGGUGAACGUUAUCGCAGAGAAAUGCUGGCGCACGGUGGUGGAAAGGAGCCCAUGCUCAUGGUUCAAGGUAUGCUUCAGAAGUGUCCAUCAGUUGAGGACUUUGUGGAUGCCCUUGUUUCAGAUUUGGAUCAGGACUUUGAAACAUUCUUUAUGGAUUCUGAAUAAUGCAGAAGAAAGUAGCCUGUUUCUUUUUUCUUUUUUUUUACAUAUACUAUAAGUCGUGUACAUAGAACUGCAGUUGCUAUCAUAGGUACCUGUUUAUAAAAUGUUUGUUGAAAUGCUUGUGUACAAUAAACAGUUUGUUUUGAAGGGAAAA